AAUUUACACCAUUUGUCGUUCACCUGACAACUGCUGCCCUGCCCAUUCUCUCCUCGUUGACGCCAUUGAGUACAGUGUCAAUGGGCGCCACCAUGGCGUUGUCAUCCAGACUGGCCGCCUCCCUGAACCCACCUCUCUCAUAGUACUGCCUUAGCCUUCCUGACCCGUCAUCGUCACAGAUCAGCACCACGUAGUUGUAGCCCUGCCUUGCCAGGUCCCUCGCCGCCUCCUGCAGCAGCCGCCACCCAAGCCCCUGCCCGCGGUGCCCCUCGUCGAUCUUCAUCCACAUAAACGGAGCCAUCCUCACUUGUGGUGGCUGCCUGGGGCCGUCGCUACACGAUCCGUCAAUGUCGCUGAUGAGUCGGUCGAGGGCUGGUGAUGACCGCCCCUCUCUCUGCCAGCCGGACGAGCCGACAGAUUUGCCCUUGUAGAUGAGGCGGCACUCGUAUGUGGUCUUGACGCGGCCCUCGAGCAGCAUCUUCUUCAGGAAUCGCGGCUUGAGGAAGUUGUCGGGCCACUUAUAAGUGGGCCGGGUCUCAAAUGAGUAUGCCGCCUCGUCGAUGGGCAUCUUGAUGACGUGUUCGCUCGUGAGGCCAUCGAACAGUGAUGACGCCCUUGACUUGACCAUCGCCCACGGGAGCGACUGGAUGAUCUUGCUUUGGUCAACCUCUCGUCCAGUGAGCCUCUCAGCCAGCAAAACAGCAUAGGUCAGGCAGUUGGCCUGAUAGAGGCUGAAGGGCGCCGCCUCGUCUUGGCCCCAGAUGGUGGCAUCUAGGUCCCCUGAUGCCGUCACAUCCAGCACAUUCCCCUCUGCCAGCAGGACGGCAUCUCGUGGCAUGCGCCUCAGCGUCACACGCCGUACCCGUCCCUGCACUGUCUGGCCUGUCAGCAGACGUGCCACAGUGGUCAGCUGCGUGGCAUUCUCGGGCAAGAAGUCGUAAUGGCGGAUGAGUGGCCGGCCUGUUGACCCCUCCGUCUUCACUAUGAUGCCCUGAUGCACCCGAAGCCACCAUGGGCCACCUGUCACUCACACAAGCACAAUCAUCCACAGCGAGUGCAGAUCUGUGGCAUGCACUCUUGUUGCCGUUUCUCAUCUCACCUGCCAGAGGGUAUGCCUUGAGCCAUAUUGACGUCUGAGCGCCACCGCGGACGAACGCUUCCACGCAUCGAGGAGGAGCCGGCAGCCGCAUCAAUGACCAAAGCAGGACUUGAAGACAGAUCCAGCUCAGGCAUAGCUUGUGCUGCUCUCUCAUCAUCAGGAGUCACCGAAACGACCAUCCCCUC